AUGCGCCCCGAGUUGAAUCGGUCUGAACUCCUACGACUCUACGCUGAACAGAAUUUUCUUUUCGGGCUACGACGGCGAGGACGUCGACCUGUUCCGCGUCGCAUGCGAGGCCCAGGCCGAGCUGUAGCGCCCGUUGACGCGCUCUACAUGGUCAACCACUCGGAGCGUGUCUCCUGUUUAAUCCUCUACAUGCAGACGGCAACGUGCCUCGAUAACCCAUCCCGGAUGUAUGCCCCCACCGGCAUCAAAAAAAAUCUUGACUCCAUUCAGUUGCGGGAAGGCAAGGACAGCCAAAGGGCUACGGAAUUGGGCAAUUGGGGUUUUUGGAACAAAACUGAUACUGCUUACCGUCGCCUGAAUCAGUCGUACAAGGAUUUUGGGUUGCGUUUCCAGAAAGAGAUUACCUUGUCAAAUGCUGAAGGCCGUGCGGAGCUUUACGCUCGAGCGCGCGAAGUCUUCGUAAGCGCCACGGACGCGUCCGCGCAGGCCGCCGAAGCCGUCGCCGACGCCGCGGAAGCCAAGGCCCGGGCCGGCGGCACCAAGGGCGCCACGCUCACGCUGAGCCGCGAAAAAUGGGAGAGUUUACGAAGCCUUGUCCAUGUGCGGGGUUCGGCCCCCGUAGAGGAUCCCUCCGUCCUCCCUUGUGAUGUAAGAGUGACACAGGAUGAUAUAGAUGAGUUAAACAGGGUAUUACAUGAUUUCACAACCGGAAGGAGGGUUAGGAGGGGUUUGGUCGAAAUAGACUCAGCGCGCCAAAUCUACAUCCGCUCCUCGGCACUAUCACAUCAACCUGUGAUGUCCACGGAUGAUGGUGAUGUAAGCUACGACGCUUUUGACGCCCUCGAUCAGGAUGUGAAAGGUAAGCUGGUUAGCUGGAUCAACCUCGCGGUCGACGCAGCCUCGGCGCGUCUUGGAUACGAGUAUAAAUUUUCAGCAUUCUCGUUGCUUUUUUCAUGGAACACUCCAGAACAAAUAUACCACAUCGAUUUAAGGAAGAGCGCUUAUCAGUUUGCGCUGAUUCUCACAGAAAGUGAAAGUACGAUAUAUUCAGAUGCCACGAUGUCGCUCGACGACGCGUGCAUCGAAAUGGGUAUCAAGCGUGUCGCGGAUGAGAAACUCGCUAAUUUUUCUUCCCUUCUAUGCUCACUCAAUAGGAUCGAUCAUUUUCGCAAAUCAAUUACGAAUGGCCCGGCGAAACCGGGAACGCUUUGCAUGAUGGGAGGCGGCAAGAUUCACGCAAAGCCUGAGAACAAACGGUUCAGGGCGGUCAUCUUCUUUUCCGCGUGUCCAGUUCAUAUGGAAGAUUACGACCCGAAUGAACAAUACAAUAUAUUCAGCUUACUCGACGUGCUUCAUCAUAAAGCUCGCUGCCCUGAAACAAAAACCAUGAUCAGAAUGAAAUUCAAAGAGCACCUUCCGUACUACGAAAACAAAUACGGCAGACCCCACCUCGAGCAGGCACUCUCCCGCUUGAAGUACGAGCUGCGACGUGCGUGUUAG